GCGUGUGUAGUGCUCUCUCUGUGUGUGUGUGUGUGUGUGUGUGUGUGUGUGUGUGUGUGUGUGUGAUGGUGCGGGGCCGCAUGGCCGCGGUGAUGUGCGGCGCGGUGCUGCUGGGUCUCGCGCUGCUGCUGGCGCUCACGCUCAACUGCAGCCGAGCGAAGGAUGUAGUGGCUGUAGCUCGUCCCCCGGUGCGGUUCUUCUCCUCGAAGGUUCCGGUGGUUGACCUGUUCCAGGGUCAGCAGGAUCAGGCCGAGCGGUUGAGGGAGGGGGCCGAUGUAUGUGUGCUGGUUUAUUACGCCCCCUGGUGUGCGCACUCCAUCAGCGCACGGGAGCAGGUCCAGCAGGUGGCGCUGCGCAUGGCCGUCGAGGUUCAGUUCAUAGCGGUGAACUGCUGGUGGAAUCAGGGAAAGUGCCGGAAGCAGAAGAACUUCUUCCAGUACCCCGUUAUUCACCUGUUCUACAGGAGGUUCGGUCCUAUAGAGUAUAAGGGUCCUCUCGUCGCUGAGUACUUGGAGAGUUUCAUCCGGAGGGUCUCCACACCCCUCACAUACCUGCCCACCCGCACCGCUCUUAACACCUUCUUAUCCCACCACGAGCAGGGCGUCGUCGGCUUCUUCGAGUUUAAUUCGUCUCCUCAGCCUCCCGGUUACAUCACCUUCCUCACCUCCGCCCUGCACGCGCUCAGAAGAGAUUCUCAGGGGGCGGUGCGUUUUGGAGUAGUGACCAAUCGGGAGGUGGCAGAGGGCAUUUCAGUCAGAGAGGAUGAGAGUGUGUACCUGCACCGCCGAUUCAACACCUCACUGGUGUUCUCGCGGGCGGAGAGGAACUUCACUGCUGAGGAGAUCUGUAACUGGGUCUAUGAGAACAGAGAGCGUGUCAUUCACUGGAUCCAGCCAAUGGGAGCAAAGAGCUACUCCCUGGAGGCGGAGCUUCACAAAGGACCCGCCCUGCUCACAUUCCUCCCACACAAUCCACUCACAGCCAGUCAUCACCUGCUCUCUGAGGUAGUGGACAUAGCUCUGCGUUAUCAUUCAUGUUGUGUAUCGGAGCCCCAGCUGGAGGGUGGGGUUUCAGCCCCCCACUCAGGGUGCUGCCAGUCCCUGCUGUUGCCCAGCUGGAGGUCUGCUAAUGCUAACAGGAACACUAGCGUCUGCGAUCUGUGCGUGAACCGCUUUGCUCUGGGUUCUACCUCAAGUCCCGCCCCGCUGCGUUCUCACUGCUCAGCGAUGGAGCUGGAGGCGGUUCUGGACUCAUAUUUGAGAAAUGCUGUGGUUCCAGCGCCCCCUACAUGCACCAACGUCCACAACGCCUACAGCCCCUUCAGCCACUACAGCGCCUGCUGCCGGACCUUGCCUGCAGACGUCCGGACUCCAGCGUGGGCAGAGCCACACUGCCCACCGGUGAUGGACUCAGUGUCAGGUCUGCACUGCCGGACCAAUAAGACGCUGCGGUUUUACCUGCUGGACUCGCACCUGUCCUGGCCUCUGGCAGAAAGACUUGGAGCGCUGAGCAACCGUAGCACGGACACCUUCACCACCAUCGUUAACCUGAGGGACGAAACGCACUAUGUGCUGGAGAACGCCAGGAAAGACUCGCUAGAACGCUUCAUCCUGAACUUCAGCGCCCCCUACAGCCCUCUCCACCGACACCUGGUGGGCCACAGAGAACUACAUCCCCCACAAUCCCUCAUUCAGGAAGUGACCACAGGCUCCUUUAUGGACACAGUGAUGGACCCUGAGAGGGAUGUACUGCUGUUCUAUUACACACGGUGGUGUGGGUUCUGUACAGUUCUGAAUCAUGUUCUCCUGCAGCUGGCUCGACUCUUUCAGGGAAACAGCGCCCUCACGGUGGCCAGGGUGAACGUGGGCCUUAACGACCUGCCCUGGGAGUUCAUGGUGGAUCACCUGCCCUCCUUUCUCUUCUUCCCCAAACACAGGAAGCAGAUGAGUGUGAAGUUUCCAGACUCCGCCCCUGUCACGGUGCCCAACCUACUGCGCUUCAUCCUGAGGCACACAGGCCACGCCCCCAGUGAUCAGGGGGCGGGACCGAAGUCCCUGCUGGAGGCGGAGCUGCGUGCCCUGCAGGGGGAGGUGCUGUCCCUGCAGCAGGCACGGGAGCGGCUCUCCCAGCAGCUGGCCGCUCUGUGGCGGGAAAACCGCCGGUUAGCGCUGCACGCGCGAGCGCUAACCUCCCACAAUGCCGAGCUGCAUUCCCAGAAUGCCGAGCUGCAGGCUCAGAGCGGCCGGCUAGAGACGCUGUACCGAGAGAAGAGCCGGCAGCUGGCGGACGCCGUGAACCGGCUGCAGGAACUCACUAACGCUUCGGAGGAACUGCUGACGGAGAACUCGCUGCUGAAAGUGCUGCUGACCAUGCUGAAGGACAGAGAGAGGGAGAACGAGGGAGAGAGGGAGGAAGGAGAAAGGAAGAAAGGAAUGGAAGAGGCUUCCUGACGGACGGCAGGGAGUCGGGAGAACUCACGCUGAGAAUCGAGCUGGACGUCGGCAGGAGGAGGGAAAACGGAGUAGGAAUUUGGUGAAAAUUCGAAUGGAGAGCUUUUCUCGUUAGUCUGAGGAACAUCAGGUCAGCUGUAGGCGCUCGGUGUCUGAAAUGAGCUUGUUUAGGUUCAUCACUGGAGCUUCGAGGCUGAUGUAGCUAACAGAAGCGUAGAUAUAAGUUAGCAUUGUCUGAUUAGUGAAGGGGAAACUGGAGUUUUGAGAAACUAGCGCUUCACAAAUAAACCAAUUAGAGAGCUCCACCCAGUGGAGGCUUAGAGAACUGCAGGUACUAUGUUCUAUAUCGGAAGAAAACCUGCAUUUUCCGUUUUUACAUCAUUCGAAAAUACCUGUUAUCUUUUACUUUGUGUGGUAAUUUCCUGACGAACGGACUGAACGUGAAAAUGACUUGGAGAAAGUUCUGGUUCCAUUGACUUGUAUUAAAAGUAGAGUAAGAUUUUUUUCUUCUCCUGUAAAGUCACUGUAGAGAUACGAGGUUUUGUUUCCGACAGCAGUGAUAUUCUACUGUAUGUGUGUAAGUCUGCUGUAGUUUGUUAUAUAGCACUGCUGUCAGACGGAAACCUUGUAUCUCCAAAAAACAUAAUUUACAAAACACACAGGAGAAGGAAAAACGUUCUGAACUUUUAAUAGAUAAAUUAUUUAUUUUGAACCGUUUCUUUUUGUCCGUUUAUAGUGAGAUUGAGGCACAUCAUAAAGGGCGAUGAGCUUUUCAAACUCAAAAAAUGAAAAACGGCAAACAAGAGAGAUAUGAGGAUUUGUCCAGACAUCAGCAACAUACAUACAUAUAAAUGUGUAUAUA